AUGAACAUUGACUUCGAUAAAAAUAUUACAAAUAUUUCAUUCGCACUUGGAAAUGACGGCGUUCAUGCAACAGUUUUGAAUGUCACAUUCGAGAACUUUGGCGAUUUGACGAAAAUAAAACUUUACGUUGGAGUUAGCUUUCCAGAAAACAGCAAUGAUCAAUCAUAUAAACGAGAAUUCUUCAGAACAGCUCUUGAUCUUGAGAAAAUGUCAAGUGGAGUUUAUGGCAACUCAAUAGUCGAGAUGAUUACUCGAAAUAUUUUCAAAACAAGUAACAUUACAAUGCCCUUAAAAAAGGGCCAUUUUGGAUUUUGGAAUUUUUCUUUUCCAGACAAUUUUCUUCCUUCUGGGUCACCUUCUAAAGCGUGUAUUAAAAUUCGAGUGGUUGGAAAGUUUAAGAACAAAAAGACAUCUUUCGUUGCCAGUGUUUGGGAAAUUUUCAUUAAAAGAGUUUGA